AUGGAUUUGUUGACAUUCAACCAAUUUUCAGUGCUUCUCUGGAAAAAUUUUACCAUAAAGAGAAGGCAGUUCAUUAAUUUAAUAUCAGAUGUCUUAACAGCAUUGGUGUUUCCGAUGUUGCUUUUGCUAUUUCGUGCAUUCACUAGUAUAAGUGUUAUUGGACCUCAGUAUUAUAUUCGUCAACCCAUCAGUGGUAUACCUUCUUUCCUCGAAAAUCCUCAAGAGUGGGAAUUGGCUUACGUGCCUUCUAAUAUUACUGUAGUAAAAGAGAUCAUUGAGAAUGCGAAGAGGAAUUUAAACAUCAGUAUAAAAGUUAAAGGCUUUUCUUCAGAAACUGAGUUUGAGAAGUAUGUGAAGUAUGACUAUAGAUCUCACAGAGUGCUGGCUGCCAUUGUUUUUGACAAUGACUUCAAAAACAGCAAUGACCUUCUGCCCCUUCAGGUAAAAUAUCAUCUGCGUUUUGUUACGAUACAAAGGACUAUCAAGUGGCCAGCGAUACCAGGCUGGCAAACACACUUACUCUUUCCUAUUUACCCCUUCUUUGGACCCAGGAACCCAAAAGACCAUGACGGAGGAAGUCCUGGGUACAUCAAAGAAGGGUUCCUGGCUGUGCAGCAUGCCUUAGAUAAGGCCAUCAUGCUGUAUCAUGAGAAAAAUGCUGCGCGGAAGCUGUUUGAUGGCAUUCGUGUUUAUAUACAGAGAUUUCCAUACCCAGCGUAUUCUCAUGAUAACUUUACUUGGAGUAUUAGUGUUUUUCUCCCUUUGAUGUUCAUACUCAUGUUCUCUUCAAUUGUACUUUCCAACAUGCGAUCCAUUGUGUGGGAAAAGGAACAAAGAUUGAAGGAGUACCAACUCAUACAUGGACUUAAUAACUGGAUGAUCUGGGCUUCCUAUUUCUUCACAGUCCUUUUUUUUUAUCUCAUUAUUAUAGUUUUGAUAUGUGUGUUAUUCUUUGCCAAGGCAAGUGUCUAA